AUGGUCGUUAUCAAAGCUCUUCCUGGAGAAGCAUGUCGGGUGACUUUCCACCUUCCACACCGCAUCAACGUCAAACCCGGCAGCCAUGUCUAUGCAUUCUUUCCAACCAUAGCUUUGUGGAUGUCCCAUCCUUUUUCUGUUGCGUGGGUUGAUCCUAGCACCUGCGUCACGCCGUCUAGUCACCCAACAGCAGCAUGGAUGGAAACAUACAAUCCUUACGACAGGAAGAACCUCAACGAUAAACUGGGUCUAUCAGACUUGGAAAAGCAAGAUUUCAUGAUCAAUGAGCUACGUCACGGCAGCAAGCAAAAGACUUCCUUGUCGCUAGUCAUCGCCGCACGAACCGGCAUGACGCGCAAACUCUACAACAAAGCCCUAAAAUGCCCCAACAAUACCCUACGAACAUACGGCUUCAUCGAGGGACCCUACAACUCCGGCACAUGUGCAAUGGGCAGUUAUGGCACUGUAAUCCUCUUCUCCGGCGGCGCAGGAAUAACACACCACAUGUUGCAUGUCCGUGACCUCCUUCUCCGCGCCGAAGAAGGUUGCGUAGCCACCCAACGCAUUUACCUAAUAUGGUCCAUCCGGUCCACGGAAGCCCUAAACUGGGUGCGCGAAUGGAUGGAUGCAAUCCUCCAACUCCCCAAUCGUAGACAACUCCUAAUCAUCAAACUAUUCAUUUCGAAGCCGAAAACGCAACACGAAAUCAAAUCGCCCAGCGAAACGGUGCAGAUGUUCCCCGGACGGUGUAGACCGAGUGUCGUGCUUGAAGAGGCGCUUUUGACGAGGGUUGGGGCCACGAUCGUUUCUGUUUGUGGACCUGGUGCGUUUACGGAUGAAGUUAGGGCUGCGACGAGGGAGUGUAUGGGACGCGAAGCUUUUUAG